AUGCGAUCCGCUCUCAUUCAAACUGGCGCCAUAACGGCUACAUCUCAAAAGCCACAAAUUUCGAUUACAGUAGAUUUCGAAAGGAGGGUUUUGCUGCAGUUUGGAAUUUUUGAAGCACGCUAGGGUUUGCAGAAUUCAGUGAUGGAUCUUCCUCCCGAAGUUGACGAUUACAUCAAGGAAUCAAUAGAUCAUGCAUUAGGUCUCCCUGUGUCGACGCAGACGCUGGAGUUGAAGCUUCGUAUCUCCCAGGAUGCUCAGAGGCGGCUUGGCAAUUAUUGCGAUGUUCUACAGUCCAAAAUGAAAGAGAAAGACCGGUUGAUUGAGCGCAGUAGGGCUGAAGCGACAAUGAAUGCACAAGCUCUCAAGAAAUUCGUCGAGGAGAACCGAAAACUGGCUACAGAGUGCUGUUAUCUUUCGAACCAAUGUCAGAAAUGGGAGAGAGAGUGCUCUUUAUAUGAUCAUGACCGAGAUGCAUUGAUGGAGUUCGGGAACGAGGCGGAUCAGCGUGCGAGGGAGGCUGAGAAUCGUGUUCGUGAAUUGGAAGCGGAGGUUAGACGGUUAUCAGAUGAACUGCAGUUCUUUAAACACGAAUAUGAGAUGAAGAGGGUUGAUUCAUCUUCUGAUGGUAGAGAUUUGGAGGAUAACUUACUCGAGUUGGUUUUACCAACGUGUAAUUGUAAUGACAGAGCUACAUCUGCCCGUGCAUUUUUAGAAGAGAGCGGUGAUCAAGAUUCAAGCCAAAAGCUUGUGAAAAUGUGGAAUUGCUUAAAGCCUUCAACUCAAAAGGCACUAUCACUAGCUGCCUAUGCGAAGGCCGUUGAGAAGGAUUGUGAACAUCUGAGGGUAAAUCUUCAAAGAGCUGAAGAAGAGGUGAAGUUGUUGUAUGAAGACAAUAUUCUUCUUGACGAGGAGAACAAGAGGUUGUUGAAACUGCACCAGGAAGAUAAAAUCCAACAUUCCGGCGAUAAGCUGGGCAAUAGUGGUUCUGCGAAGACAAACAAGCGAAAAUCAUGCCUGAAAAUGAGCAGCCCAGUUGAAAGGAAGGUUGAUUUUGAUGACGUUGGUUCGACACGACUACCUCUUUCGCCCUUGCAACAUAACUCCCCCGACUCGAGAAUGCGAAAGAAGUAGUUGCAACCCAAAAAUAGGUCCCCUCCUCCCUCCAUUUUCUUUGUGGCUAUUUUGUUGCCUGUGCAGGAAGCAUAUAGAUGAUUUGGCUAACAUAGCAGUAAUUCUGAAAUAGAGAACUAGAACAUAUCCUUUGCCAGUAAGUAGUAAGAACUAUUCUAUUAAGUUUUCUCUGAAUGGAAGAGCCUUUCUUCACUUCUUUGUUUUUUGUGCUGCCCAAUGUGACCAAGGAGCUGUUAUUUUCAUGUCAAUGUACCUGAAUUCUAGUUGUACCAAUUCUGAUUUUAAAUGAUACUUUAGACUUUA